AUGGAAGCCUCAGAGAACCGGGGAUCUAGAAUCAGCCGUCUACCGGGUCCCUCCGCACCCUCUGGCCUUUCGGAACUGAGCGAGUCGCAGCACAACAGCCGCAGCCAAUCCGCCAUUCCCGGGCUCAAGAGCUUGAAGCGCGGGAUCCCACAGCCUGCGACUCAACCGGAACCAAAACGAAAACCUCUUUCUGACCGCGCCGCCGAGUAUCCAGCCAAGGCCUCGCACAACUAUGCGACGAGAGCGAAUGUGGUCAAGGGCCAUGCGCUUGCGAGCGUAUCCUCCUUGAAAUCAUCAUACCGACAACAGCCUGCUCAAAGCUUCGGGAAGAGCUUCGGCAGGGGGGCCAGUGUGACAGGCCCCCCUGCGCGAUCAAAGAGCCAGGCGCCACGGCCCAAAACAUCCAACGGACACCACGAUGGGCUUUUCGAUGUCGACGGCCGAGUUAUAGACAUGGAGUCGCAGUUCAACGAGCUGAAGGACAUGGUAAACAGCUCUCUCACUCAAAAGAAGGGGCACGACGAUGCACUCGAGCUAGCGAAGACGCGAGUGGCCGAACUCGAAAACGAUCGAAAAAAUCUUGCUGGACGCAGCGAAUCCCUACGCGCCGAGCUCGAAGUUGCCAGAGAAGAGGGCCAUUCCUUGCGACGACAACUCGAUGAGGUCCAGUGGAAGAGUCGGCGAGAAGUCGAUCAACUGAACCGCGAUCACUCCCGAAUCGUGGACGAUCUGGCUCGUGAGCACCGCACUACUGUGGAAGAUCUUGGCAGAGAUCUGGAUCUGCUGAAAGACCAAGAGACGAAGCAACAUCAAGAGCGCAUCGAGUCAAUCACGCGAGAACAUCAAAAAUCCCUCGAGGAUGAGCGCCAACGUAAGGAUCGGGAGAUUCAAGAACUGCGGUCGCGUAUGGGAAACGAGGCACAAGAUAUGAGCUUGAGUAUGCAGCGCAAGGAGCGAGACUUGCAAGACUUGCGCACCGAAAACGAAAACUUGAAGAGUGAAAUCGAGCGACAUAAAAGUCUCAAUGGCAGCCUCCAAUCCAACCUUGCGGAGUUAUCGGCCGCCAACAUGACGCUGGAGGCUAAACUCAAUUCCGCCCGAUCACAAGUUGAAUUUCUCGAGUCUGGCAGCAAAGCACAGUCCGACUCCUUUGCGAGCAUGGAAGCUAGGCUCCAAGAGGCCCUACGAUUAGCCGAGGAAGCGAAGCAAAAGCUCAUUAAAGAAGAGACUGAGAGACGUGUUUUGUUCAACAAAUACCAGGAGCUCAAAGGCAAUAUCCGUGUCAUGUGCCGAGUACGUCCCCCGCUGGGCGCUCUUGAGGACGAUCGCGCCGGCAUGUCCUUUCCGGACGACAAGACAUCGGCAGAAAUCGUCCUUGCAGGGCCUGAGGAGCGCAGCAGUCUGGGCGUAGUUUCGCGCAAGAAUUAUCCCUUCGAGUUUGACCGCGUGUUCAUGCCAACAUCUCAGAACGAAGAGAUCUUUGGCGAGAUUUCACAACUCGUCCAGAGCGCGUUGGACGGCUACAAUGUCUGCAUUUUCUGCUACGGCCAGACCGGCUCUGGCAAGACACACACAAUGUCCUCGGACGACGGCAUGAUUCCACGCGCAACGCACAUGAUAUACGACACAAUAACGAAGUUGAAGGAAAAGUCGUGGGAGUACACUAUGGAAGGCUGCUUUGUCGAGGUAUACAACGAAGAAUUAAAUGAUUUGCUGGUACCCAACGAGCGCAACUCAAAGAAGCUGGAAAUUCGCCAUGAUGAGGCGCGCAAGCAGACCACCAUCGCCAACUGCAGAACCGUCCGACUGAGCUCCCCCGAUGUGGUCGAGACGAUGCUCAGCGAAGCUCAAAAGAACCGAACCGUGGCCGCAACGAAGGCCAACGAGCGCUCAUCUCGCUCCCACAGCAUUUUCAUCCUCAAAUUGGUGGGCAAGAAUCUCGCCACCGGAGAACAGUGCGAAGGCACACUGAACCUGGUCGACCUGGCUGGUUCGGAACGUCUCAAGCACUCGCAGGCCGAGGGCGACCGCAUGAAGGAGACGCAAAACAUCAACAAAAGUUUGAGCUGUCUGGGCGACGUGAUUGAGGCUCUGGGGCGCGGGUCCGGCCACAUUCCAUACCGCAACUCCAAGCUGACGCACCUUCUCCAGUACAGCCUGGGAGGUAACAGCAAGACGCUCAUGUUUGUCAUGGUGUCGCCAUUGGAGGCCCAUCUCAAGGAGACACUGACGAGUUUGCGAUUCGCAACCAAGGUGCAUAACACACAUAUCGGAACAGCAAAGUCUACGAAGAAGAUCAAAGGCGGCGACUAG